AUGAAGUUAAAAAUGAAUUAUCAUAAAAUAAAGUCAGUGUGUUAUCGGCUUUUUGUGAUUAGUCAGUACUUAUUCUUUAAAAUAAUCGGAUUGUCGCCUUGGUCAAUCGACGCUUCUGAAAUAUUAACCGGAAACCAAAGAAUUGAAACUCAUAAUUUUAGAUACUAUUUUUCAUAUAUUGGAAUGUGUUAUAACAUUAUUUUUAUUGUAGUAACUUCAUCGUUAAAUAUUUACUGUUUUAACUAUAUAAAAUCGAUGAAAAUACUCGACCAAAUUUUCGGUAUAUUUCAAAACACCUUCGCAUGUCUUUCAUCGUUCUGUAUUAUUUUUAUUGUACUUAUUAUCACCGCUCGACACAAAUUAAUUAUGAAUUUCAUCAACAUCCACCUGCGAAAUGUUGAUAAAAACUUAAAUACGUGCGCCGAUUAUGAAAUAAAAUACGAAUGUAUCAAUGAUGUAAUCUUCGCUAGCAACUUUAUCGUCACAAGUACCAUAGCCAUAGUGAGACAAUUUUUUUCCAAAUCAAAAUUAAUUGUCUUCAUAAGCCUACCAAAUUUUUUAACGACUUGGCCACUGAUUCAUUAUACAAUCUUCAUAAAUAUAAUAAAAUUACGAUUCAAGAGUAUUAAUUCGAUGCUUUUGAAACUUGGUACCACCGAAAGUAAAAUAUUGCGAUCGCGUGAGUUAAUUCUGCAUGAUCUUGAUAGCAUAAAACGCGCAUACGCGGAACUUUGUAAAGGGUGUGAUGAAAUUGUAACUUUUUAUGAAGUUCCUACCUUGAUUGUGAUACUUAUAUUUUCGACAAAAACUAUCCGCAGUUUGUAUUAUAUGGUGAUACAAUUGAUCUCCGCUCCGAAGAUUGACUCUCUAACAUAUCUAACUGGACUUAGUUUGUUGUAUCCUAUAUAUAUCUUCAUAUACUUCACUUCUUCUGUGACCAAAGUAGUUAAAGAGGUUAGUAAGUAUAAUAAAGAAACCGUCAGGAUUAUCAACUUACUAAGAGAUCGAUUUGAUAUGGAUGAAGAAAUAUUCAAAAAACUGGUGAAGUUUUCUUCUUACCUUCCGUACUUGACUGUUGAAUUCACCUGCUGUGGAAUAAUACCACUAGAUCGCACUCUUUUGAUGAUUGCUUCCAGCACUAUUGCCUCAUAUCUCGUUAUUUCUGUUCAAUUCUACAUCAGCUUAUCUGCCAAU